CCCAAAGUAUAAACAGAACUCGGAAAGAAAGCCAGGGGCAGAAACAAAGUGUAGUUUAUCGACACAAAUAUGAAUAACUCAGACUUGGGAGACAAGAUGCGCUUUGCCAUCAGUGCUCGGAUUAUUGGGGUGAUGCAUGGAGAGUCAGGGAGAGUCAAGAUGUUCAUGACCUCUAUAUCGUGGUCAGAUGGGUGUGAAGUCAUUGUCUACAGAUCAUUCCUUGAUUUUAAGAAUUUUCAUAGACAAUUGAAGAAGAGAUUUCCUGUUGAGAAUCCAUUACGCAAGAGAGACAGAAGGAUUCCAAAAUUUGGAGCCAUUACAAUGAGGAGGAAGAUGCAGGAGAAGGGUCCUAGUUGGUCAGUCCGUCAAAUGAAUUUACUGGAGAACUACUGCAAUGAGCUGCUCCGGUGUGACCAUGUGGUGGCUCGCAGUUCAGAUGUCACUCAGUUCUUCUGUCCUAAAAACCACGACCUCCAGGCCGACUUUACCAAGAACAGCAUCAUGGUCAUGCCAUUGGAGGAGAAGGGGGUCAUGAGUGGGCAGCAUCUGAGCAUGGGCAAUGUGACGCACCCCUUUGUGACCCAUUCUUAUUGCUGUGUGGCUUCCUACGAGACCAAGGACACCAAAAACAGGCCCUUUAAAGUGGCCUUGGAUGAGAGGCUGGAUGUGCUUAUCAAAGACCCAGCAGGCUGGUGGCUGGUGGAGAAUGAGAAUAAACAGCUAGCCUGGUUCCCUGCGCCGUACCUGGAGAAGUGUGAGGAAGAGGAGGAUGAAGAUGAGCUGGAUGGAAUUCCUUUGGGGGGAACUGUCUAUUGCGCUGUGAGGAGUUACUCCACUAAGAAGCAUGACGAAGUGUCUGUACCCAUUGGUUCUGCAGUCGAGGUGCUGAAAAAAUCAGACAAUGGAUGGUGGCUCAUUAGGUAUAAGGGCAGGGCAGGGUACAUUCCCUCUAUGUAUCUGCAGCCUUCCAACUACCCAUGUGCUGGCCUCCACACAUUACAGAGGGUGCUGCAUAGUUCCUCAUUAAGUCUGGCAACCCAUAUUAAUGGCACUAGCCUAGAAUCCAGCGGAGGCAUCCAAUCUGGCAACCGCUGUCCACCCACCCUGUAUGAGAAAACAGGGCUGCAGCAGCAGACAUCUACCCAGCCAGUGGGUAAUCAAUACCAGGCCUCCCGACUCCAAAAGACCCGCUCUCUGGAGCUCCUGUCUGAGACCCCGUCUGGCCGGACUGUCCCUGCAUCCCAAAGAGACGAAUAUGACCUGUCAAAACCGUAUCCGUCAAGCCAAAGCUGCUUAAAUGUAGGAGACUCCUCUGACUCUGACUUCAGCUCAUCAGGCAGUGAGUCUACAGAUGGGAGCCAGAGGACUUCUUUCUCCUGUUCCAGUGAGGAGGAACCACAAGGGCCCCCGCACAGCCCCAAGUCCUCAGGUCACCCAGGGGAGAGCAGCAGCAGCAGCUACAGCAGGGCAAAUGAGAGCCUCUGCUCCUGCUCAAAGACCAGAUCCAGUAAGAUGCCCGUGGAUGCGCCCAGGGUGCCCCCGCGGCCCAGAGUCCAAGAGAUCCUGACUCGGUGUACCACUAUGACCCGCAAAGCUGCUCUGGCUUCCAGGGUGAACUUGUUCUCCCAGCAGGAUCCCAUUCAAAGCAUCUAGAGGCCAGCAGCUGAGGUGCGGAACCUGGGAGAUGGGGUUAGAACCAUUGGGAUCGGUGGGUGUCAGGGUGACACCAGUCUCCCACCACCUGAUUUUGCAUGCAGCGCAAACUACGAGUGAGGCUUGUGAGACUAUAGGGUUACAUUUGAGUCGAGAUGGCCUUUGUGUUACAGUCUUAAACUUUUAAAUGUGCUAUUUAACUAGCCUGUAACUGUUUCAGUUAGAACGAAAAGUCAAAAGGUUACAAUGGUAGGAAUGGAUGGAGCUACCUUUAAACCCACACUUCGUAAUAUGAGUAGGCUCAACUCAAAAUCAUGUUUGGAUCAAAAUAUUACUUAUCUUACCAAUAUUACUAGCCAAUACUGCUACUUGUACUUGUAUCACUACAGCAAUUUCAGCUGAAACAAGCAUGCAAACAAUUUUCACAAAAAUAUUAUUUUUUGUAUAUUCUUUGGAGUGGACAAAUAUCCAUGUAUUUUGGUUUUUACAUACCAUUUUUGUAUUGGUGUCUGUUAAUCCAUAAUGGAAUUAUAUUGUAACCAUUGACUAUUUCUAUCUGUGUUAUAUAUAUGUGUGUCUGCAGAGUUUAUGCAAUAAACAACAUAUCAUACAUUGAA